AUGAGUACUAUAGCAUUAUCCUCCGGUUUCCAUGCCAUGCUACAUAUCCUUUCAUCAAACUUCUGCCUCUCAAUGUCCUGCCUUGACUUCACAUCCCAGACAAGCACCUGCCUAUCCAGGCCAGCAGUUGCCAGGUACCUCCCAUUCGGGGACCAGCAAAGGCUGCAUAUUGGCUGCUCAUGUUCUCCUUUCAGUGUGAAUACCUCCUCCGCAGUGUCCCUGUCAUACAUGACCACAUUAUUCCUCAGCCCAGGAACAGCAAGGGUGUGUCCAUCGGGACUCCAGCACAGGGUAUUCUUCACCGAGUGGUCAGAACCGAAUGUUGGGGCGACACGAGUCAAGCUUCGUGCCUCACUGCCCAAACAAAGAUCCCAAAAGAUGACCGUGCCAAAGCUGUCGAUUGAUGCCAGAUAA